AUGACCUCGGUCAAAACUAAGCCUCCUCCGAGACAGUCAAUUGAGCCCACUUUUAGAGGUUGGAAAGAAGCAGGUCUAUUCGAGCAAGCAGACCUGUUGACAGAAGAUGACGAGGCUGUCGAUUUGCUUUCACGAGGCUCUUUCUUUGACACUUACUUGCCUCCAAUGGCUUAUGGCCAUUGGUACCACAACGCGGCAUAUCUUGGAAUUGCAGGCCUUUUGUCCUGGAUCAUUGGCUGGUUUCGAUUCUCCAUGGGUCCAUUGUUUUUUGUCAUGGUUGCUUGCUCCAUUUUGUACCGAUCCUCUGUUCGUACUUGCAGACAACGGUUGCGUGAUCAGGCUCAACGUGAGUUCUCCAUCAAGUCAAUCGAAAAUGACUACGAGACUGUAGACUGGCUCAAUGUUAUUAUGACUAAAUUCUGGUACUACUUGGAACCAUCAAUCGCUCAGAUCGUCUCUGACCAAGUCAAUCCUAUUCUCGCUGCUUCACCGGCCCCGGCAUUUAUUAAAGCUCUUUGGCUUGACACCUUUACAGUAGGAACCAAGCCACCACGUAUUGACAUGGUCAAGACUCUUGAUGGUACAGCUGAUGAUGUGGUGGUCAUGGACUGGGGCUGCUCGUUUACUCCAAAUGACUUGUCAGACUCGAACAACAAACAAAGAAGAAGUAAAGUCGACCAGAAAGUUAUUGUCAAGGCAAACCUUUUUGGAUUCUCGAUUCCUGUUAUGGUAUCCUCGGUGUCUUUCAAAUGUUUGCUCAGAGUUCGUAUGCGCAUGAUGGCCGCAUUUCCUCAUGUUGAAACUGUCAGUGUUUGCUUGAUGGAGCCUCCUCUGUAUGAUUUCACUUGCCGUCUUCUUGGAGAUUCCGUUUUCAACUGGGAGGUCCUUGCAUUUCCAGGAUUGUAUCCAUUGAUUAAUGAAAUGGUGAAGAAGUAUCUUGGUCCAUUGUUGUUCGCUCCUCUUUCGUUUCAAUUGAACAUUCAGCAAAUUAUGGCUGGCGCACCCUUUAAUUCAUCAAUCGGUGUGUUGGUUAUAAAGAUCAAACUGGCAAAAAAUUUGAAAAAUUAUGGACGUAUUGGAAACACCGUCGACCCAUACUGCACCAUUGGAUUUUUCAAAGAGGUACUUACUAAGACUAAGUACAUAAGCAGUAGUACUAACCCCGUCUGGAACCAAACAUUGCAAAUCCCUAUCUCUACGCUUUCUGAACCAUUGAGCAUAUCCGUUCUAGACUACAAUGGUAAUCAACUGCGUAAAGACCACGACAUCGGUUCUGUUCAGUAUGACUUGGACAUACUAACUGGAACUCCAGAAAUAAAGGACAUUCAUGCUCCUAUCAUUAGAAAUAACAAACCAGUCGGUGAGCUCCAAUUCGGUCUCCACUUCAUGCCCACGUUAAUCGCUCAAAGACAGGCAGAUGGUGCAAUUAUACCACCACCAGACCUCAACACAGGUGUGGCUCGUAUUGAAGUGACCUCUGCCAGAAAUUUGAAGGGUGCAGAAGGAAGUAAGGUUGAAACCUAUGCAGAGGUUUUCUUGGAUGGUAAGUUGCUCCUUACCACCGCAGUUGUGAAUAACAAUAAUCCCGCUUGGGGCAAAGCGAAAGAGUCUAUUAUCUCGAAUAGAGCCAAGACAAAGGUCAAGGUUGUUUUGCGAACAAAAGACAAGAAAAUUUAUAGCAGCUUCACUUCAACGUUGAACAAUCUUAUUGAUGCCUGCCAAGUGGACGAUCCCUGGUUUCAAUUAGCCAAAGGUGGCGAAAUUCAAAUUAACACAUUUUGGAAACCUGUGGAGCUUGAAGGAGCUUCUGGAGCUGGUGAUUACACACCACCUAUUGGAGUGAUGCGUAUCUUGGUCGAGAGUGCUGAGGACUUGCCUAAUUUAGAAACAAUUGGUAAGAUUGAUCCUUACGUACGGAUUUUCAUAAACGGUAUUGAAAGAAGCCGAACCGUCAGCCUUGAGUCGACCUUGAAUCCAACAUGGAACGAAGUGCAUUAUUGCUCCAUCUCUUCGGCCAAUCAAAAACUUACACUUGAGGCAAUGGAUGUUGAAAGACACAGUCCUGACCGUACUCUUGGAAAGUUUGAUGUUAAUUUGAGGGACCUCAUUAAUAAGGAUGAGAAAGGUAAUUACAUUGAAAACGCCGAGAAUAUCAAGCGCACAUCUAAGCUUAUGAGAAAGAAGGGUACAAAGGGUUCUUUGACAUACUCUCUCUCUUUUUACCCUACUUUGCCUGUAAUGACAAGAGAUGAGAUUAAGGAUGAAGAGGAAGAGAGGAAAAAAGCUGCCGAAAAGAAAGAGAAAGAAUUAAAAAAGCGUGAAAAGCAACAGAACGCCGGCAAUUCGAAAGCGAAGUCCCCUGAGGUGGAAGAUGAUGACGAAGACGUAUUUCAAACGAAUAAGUUGAAAUUGAAUCUCGAUGAAUUGCUCGAAUACAAAAGUGGUGUACUCGUGUUUGAAAUUCUAGAGAUUAGAACAAACAAAACGGGAUCCUACUUGCAGGCUUUUUUCGACAAUCAUGGCCUUUGCGAUUUUGCUUCCCCAAAAUUGAGAAAUAACAAGAACUCAACUAAAUGCACAGGAGAUGUUAUUAUCAAAGAGCUUGAAUGGUCGGAGGCAUGCUUCAGAGUCGCAAAGAAAGCAGACUACAACAGAAUGGAAAAAUCAUAUAGUGAAGUGAAAAUCCCAACCCUUCAAUUGCUCAAGAAUGGUUUUGAUAAACCAUAUACUAUUGAGUUGUCAGGUGGACAAGCUCAAGUCUUAUUGCAGACCCUGUGGAUUCCUGUUAUUUAUGCCUCUGAAAUUCCGCCACAAGACUCUCACAAAAAUAGUGGAGAUGUCAAAUUGCAAGUCUUGAGCGCAGAAAACCUUCCAGCUGGUGAUCGAAACGGAAAAUCGGAUCCAUACAUCAAAUUGUACUUGAACACCAACAAGGAAUCUUUCUUCAAGAGUAAGACAAUCAAGAAGACUUUGAAUCCAACUUGGAAUGAGAAGUGCGAUGUUGAGACUGUGAACAAAUAUGAUUCCACAAUUCGUGUGGAAUGUUAUGACUGGGAUGUAGGUCCUGAGAAGGACGACUUCCUUGGAGGAGGCACGAUUUCUUUAACCAACGUUAACUCUGAGGAAGAAAUCGAAAUAGAUGUCCCAUUGAAGGAUGAGCAAGACCAGGACGCAGGUGUGGUGCAUUUCAAGGUUGGUUUUGAACCAAAAUUUGUGUUGAAUGUCGCUGCUCGCACAAGUACUCAUGGUGGUGCACUCGGAUUGGUAGGAUCUGGUGUCGAAUUGGGUGUUGGAACUGUAGGAUUCGUCGGAAAGGGAGUUGGAAAAGGUGUCGGCAAAGGACUAGGCUUGGGAGUCGGAACUGUGGGCAAAGGCUUGAAGAAAGGCUUGAGUAUCGGAAAGAAAGAUCGAUAG